CAUUUCCUCCAGCCUGGAGUGUCUCCGCCCUUCCCGCCUCCCGUCUCCGAGCUUCUUAAACACAGGCCUUGGGCCUACAGCUCUGGGGGUACUUGGGGGGGCGGGGGCAGGUCUGAUGAGUAACCCCUCCCCCCAGGUUCCAGAGGAAGAAGCCUCCACAUCUGUCUGCCGGGCCAAGAGUUCCAUGGCCUCCACUUCCCGCCGCCAACGCCGAGAACGUCGCUUCCGUCGUUACUUGUCUGCAGGACGGCUGGUCCGGGCCCAGGCCCUCCUCCAGCGACACCCAGGCCUCGAUGUAGAUGCUGGGCAGCCCCCACCACUGCACCGGGCCUGUGCCCGCCACGAUGCCCCUGCCCUGUGCCUGCUGCUUCGGCUCGGGGCUGACCCUGCCCACCAGGACCGCCAUGGGGACACGGCACUGCAUGCUGCUGCCCGCCAAGGCCCAGAUGCCUACACCGAUUUCUUCCUCCCGCUGCUAAGCCGCUGUCCCUCCGCCAUGGGAAUAAAGAAUAAGGAUGGGGAAACCCCUGGCCAAAUUUUGGGCUGGGGACCCCCCUGGGAUUCUGCUGAAGAGGAGGAAGAAGAUGAUGCCUCCAAGGAGCGGGAAUGGAGGCAGAAGCUCCAGGGUGAGCUGGAGGACGAGUGGCAGGAAGUCAUGGGGAGGUUUGAAGGUGAUGCCUCCCAUGAGACCCAGGAACCUGAGUCCUUCUCAGCCUGGUCAGAUCGCCUGGCCCGGGAACAUGCCCAGAAGUGCCAGCAGCAGCAGCGAGAAGCAGAGGGAUCCUGUCGACCCCCACGGGCUGAGGGCUCCAGUCAGAGCUGGCGACAGCAGGAGGAGGAGCAGCGGCUCUUCAGAGAGCGAGCCCGGGCCAAGGAGGAAGAACUGCGUGAGAGCCGAGCCAGGAGGGCACAGGAGGCUCUAGGGGACCGAGAACCCAAGCCAGCCAGGGCUGGGCCCAGGGCAGAGCACCCCAGAGGAGCGGGGAGGGGCAGCCUCUGGCGAUUUGGUGAUGUGCCCUGGCCCUGCCCUGGGGGAGGGGACCCAGAGGCCAUGGCUGCAGCCCUGGUGGCCAGGGGCCCCCCUUUGGAGGAACAGGGGGCUCUGAGGAGGUACUUGAGGGUCCAGCAGGUCCGCUGGCACCCUGACCGCUUCCUGCAGCGAUUCCGAAGCCAGAUUGAGACCUGGGAGCUGGGCCGUGUGAUGGGAGCGGUGACAGCCCUUUCUCAGGCCCUGAAUCGCCAUGCAGAGGCCCUCAAGUGACCCUAGGGAAGAAGCAAGAAACUUCGGGGCUGCAGCCUCAGGAUGAGGCAGAAGGAAGGGUAAGGGAAAGGAUGGGGACCACAAGGAAGAGCCAGGUGCUGCUCAGCAGAGGAUAUGGGUGGGAGCGAAACUUGUAACAAGUAGGGGUGGGGAGUGCGGGCCGCCACCACUGCUCUUUGACUCUGCCGUUUCCUAAUAAGACCUGGUUCCACAUCUCA